UUAUUGUAUAUAGAGUUACAAAAUAAUUUAAUUAAAAAAAUAAAAAAGUAUGGAGAUUAAUGAAUCUUUUUAUAAAAAUGUAUUUUUACUUAUGCAAGUUGUACCUGCAUCUUAUGAAUGUAAAAAAAGCUUUAAUAAGGAAAUGUUUAAUAAACCAAAUACUUUAGGUUUUAUUCAUAUUUCUCAUUAUUUGUUAUCUAUACAUGAUGCAAUACGCUUUCAAAAAAUGGUCAUAUGGCCACUUUUAAAUAAAAUGGAUGAAAAAAAAUAUCGUAUAGAAAUAACAGAAUAUUUAAAAAUUUUAGCAACUGAAAAUCCAGAUAUAAAUUUUCCACCAAUAAUUAUGUCUCAUUUAUUACAAGCAGGAGGAAGAAAAAUUUUAAUUCUUAUGUGGAAAAUAUCAGAGAUUAGCUUAAGAGCUUAUAUUAUUAAUAAAUGUCAAAUACAAUUGUUACGAGCUCCUAAUAUUGGUGAUAAUAAAUACAUAACUCAAACAUAUUUUAAUAUAAUAAAUACGAAAAGGAAUAAUACUAUUUCUAAAUUUCAUGAAAAUAUAAAAUUAAAUUUAAAAUUCUUUGAAUAUUAUAUGCAAUGUAAAUCUACUGAUUUAGCAAAAGUUCAAACUGCUAUCUUUGAAGUAAAAGAAAAUAUAGAAAAAUUAAUGUCUAUAUUUUCUGUUAAUCCAUUAAUAGCAAAGCGAUUAACAAAUCUUGAUGAUGCAGAAAUUAUAAAUUUAUGGAAAAAAAGUAUUGAUCAAAAUAUUAAAUUUUUAAAGCAAAAAAAUAUGAAACUACAAAAAUUAAAAAUUCUUAGUAAUACAUUAUAUGAUUUAAUUUUAAAUUUACGUUAUUUUAAAUUCUUUGAUGGAAAAAAUCUUCCAAAAAUAAAUAAUGGAAUACUUUCACUAUGUUUAAAUAAUAAUAUUCAGAGUAAUAAUAAUGAAUUAUAUACAAAUGGAUGCUUAGUAUUUCAUGUUCUAUUAUCAAUUAUUGAUCAAGUAUUAAAACAACUACAAUAUUAUUUACAAGAAAAUAAAUUAUCAGACAUAUCACAUUGGAAUCCAAAAAUAAUUGAAUAUUGUGAAACAAUUAAGUGCAUGGAAAAAACAUUUCAAAAUCUUAUAACAGAAAUUUCUGAUAGCUUAAGUGAUAUCAAAUAUAAUUUACAAGAGAAAAAUAUAAACUAUACAUUAGAUAAAGAUUUCUUAUCCUUUAUAAAUCUAAAAACAAUUUUAACUUCACCAAAAUUUAAUAUUUUUACUGAUAACUAUAUGAAUGAUGAGGAAAUAUCAAAAAAGAUAUUAGUCUCUCCAAUAAAAGAGAAAUAUAAACAUUUAUUUAAAAGAUAUAAAUGUAAUUCUUUUGAUUCAUUUAAAAAAUCAAGAUAUCAAUUUAAUGAUAAUAAAGAAAAUACUACAACAAAUUACAAAUCUCCUCAAAGACAAUUAUCAAUUUAUAGAAGAAAUUCUCCUAAUAAAAUGAAAAUUUCCCCAAAAUAUUCUAGAUUAUUUUCUAUCAAUGAUUUAAGAAGACAUUAUUUUAAAGAUAAAAAUGCUACAUCUACUCCGAAUAGAAAACAAUACCAAAGAAUUUUAAUAUUUAAACUACAAGUGGUGAAUAUAGAUGUUGCAAUAAAAGAAGUUUUUAAUAAUUUUUCUUGCAAAAUUGAAGAUGUAUUAGAUUUUUUGUUUUAAUUUAAUUUAAUAAUUCAAGGUUAGAAAAAUGCAAUGCAAUACAAUUAAGAAAAAGUAGACAUGAAAAUAAUUGGAAAGAAUGUAUUUAAUAUAUAAAAUAUGUACAUGUUAAAUUAAAUUCUAUUUUUACAAUAAUUU